AUGCCUCGUCCCGCCAGAGGUAGUCAGAAGGCUAUCAUCAAGCGUGAAGACGACGACAUCGACUCCAAGGAUAUAAAGCCAGCAACGCCAGCAAUUGCGGCGAAACGAAAGGCAGAUUCGGCACCGGAUUCUGAUAGCAAGGCCCAAGCUUCAAAGGCCGUGAAAAAGCGCAAGAGCCAAGCCAAAGGAGGCGAAGACGAAAUGCCCUUGGUAGAGAGAACCGCUGUAUCUUCGCUGAGCAAGGCCAUGUAUAUUGGCGCUCAUAUUAGCGCUGCGGGAGGUGUCCAGAACUCUGUAUCGAAUGCUCUUCAUAUUGGGGCCAACUCCUUCGCCCUGUUUCUCAAAUCUCAGCGCAAAUGGAACAAUCCUCCCAUGACGGCAGAUGCGAAAAACGGCUUCAUUAGCCAGUGCAAGGAGCACCACUACCACGCAAACGAGCAUGUGCUCCCUCACGGAUCAUACCUGGUCAACCUUGCGCAGGCAGACGUGGACAAAGCUCGUCAGGCAUACGACAGCUUCGUGGACGACCUUGGCCGAUGUGAGCAGCUCGGAAUCAAGCUGUACAAUUUCCACCCUGGGUCCACCGGAGGAGACACAAAGGCCGCUGCCAUCAAGCGUAUCGCUACUCAGCUGAACAAGGCACACAAGGCCACCAAGACGGUGAUCACGGUUCUGGAAAACAUGGCGGGCGCUGGCAACGUCGUGGGGUCUACAUGGGAGGACCUCAGAGACAUCAUUGCUCUCGUAGAGGACAAAACUCGAGUCGGAGUGUGCAUCGACACUUGUCAUGCCUUCGCCGCCGGUUAUGAUCUGCGAACCCCCGAGACUUUCAAAAAGACGGUCGAUUCUUUCAACGAAAUCGUCGGCGCAAAGUAUCUCAAGGCUUUUCAUUUAAAUGACAGCAAAGCCCCCUUUAACUCCAACAGAGAUCUCCAUGCAAACAUUGGAACUGGCUUCUUGGGUCUUCGGGCCUUCCAUAGCCUGAUGAACCACCAAGAGUUCCAGGAUAAGCCCAUGGUCCUGGAAACGCCCAUCGAUAGGAAGGGUGCCGACGGCAAAUCGGUGGAAGACAAGCAGGUUUGGGCCGAUGAAAUUAAGCUGCUGGAGAGCCUCAUCGAUAUGGACCCCGAGACUGAAGAAUUUCGGCAACUGGAGAAGGAAUUGCAAGCCAAGGGCGCCGACGAAAGAAAGAAGAUUCAAGAUCAAGUCGACAAGAAGUCAAAGACUCCAGCGAAGGGGAGGGGUGCUAAGAAGGUGAAGAAGGAGGAGACAAGUGAUGAGAGUGACUAGAACAAAAAAGCAAACAGAACAAACAAGAUAACACCUCUGGGUAUAUGCAGAGGGCGCUUUAGUGAAAGUGGUUGG